AUGCCUGGUUUGAAGAGGGAACUGGUCGAAUUGAAGCCGCCUAUCAAGGAUGGCAAGAAGCCCACCAAGCAGACUCCAAGGAGAUUCGCCCCAGAGAUCCUCUCAAAGAUCAAAAAAGAGGUCGAAAGACUUCUUCGAUGCAAUUUCAUCAGGACCACAAGGCAUGUCGAAUGGAUUGCAAACAUAGUUCCUGUAAUUAAGAAAAAUGGCUCUUUAAGAGUAUGUAUAGAUUUUCGUGAUCUAAAUGCAGCAACUCCUAAAGAUGAGUAUCCAAUGCCUGUGGCAGAGAUGCUGGUUGACUCAGUUGCAGGCUAUGAAUAUCUUAGCAUGCUUGAUAGAUAUUCUGGCUAUAACCAGAUUUUCAUUGCUAAAGAGGAUGUUUCCAAAACAGCCUUUCGAUGUCCAGGGACAAUAGGCACUUAUGAGUGGAUAAUUAUGCCCUUUGGUUUAAAAAAUGCUGGGGUAACAUACCAGCGAGCAAUGAAUUCUAUAUUCCAUGAUUAUAUAGAGACAUUUAUGCAGGCUGGAGAUUUUCUGGGCUUUGUGGUCCAUAAAAAGGGGAUAGAAAUCAAUCAUAAUAAGACGAAGGCUAUUAUGGAGACCAAAACACCAUCAACUAAGAAAGAAUUGCAAUCAUUAUUAGGAAAGAUAAACUUCCUGAGAAGAUUCAUCUCAAACUUAAGUGGUCGAACUCAAGCCUUCUCUCCCCUCCUACGCCUGAAACAAGGGAAGUUCGAAUGGAAUGAUGAACAUCAAAAGGAAUUCGACACGAUCAAGCAAUAUCUGACGAAUCCUCAUAUCUUGUCACCACCAUGUGGAAAGAAGCCUAUGAGAUUAUAUAUAUCAGCUUCCGACACUACUAUAGGUAGCAUGGCAAUGAAGGGACAAAUAAUAUCAGACUUUAUUGUAGACCAUGCAGUGGUCGAAAGUCCUCAACUUCAAGUUGAGUUAAAACCUUGGAGAUUAUUCUUCGACGAUUCCACUCAUAAGGAUGGAAGUGGAGUUGGGAUCAUGAUAAUUUCUCCUGGUGGAAUUCAAACAAAACUCAAAUGUAGAAUCGAAGGUCCCCUUUGUUCUAACAACGAAGCAAAAUAUGAAACCCUUAUUGCAGGACUUGAGGACAUAAAACAUGUUCCUAGAAUAAAAAACCAAGAAGCUAAUGACUUAGCACAAAUAACUUCAGGGUAUAGAAUUUCAAAAGAGAAGCUAGAGGAACUUGUCGAAGUAAGAGGAAAAGCAAUGGCUGCCAGAUUGUCUCCGACGGAUUUGGAAAGCACUCAGUUAGGAUAUGCUAACAAAGAAGAGUUUGAAGUACUGACCAUUGAUACCUUAAUGGAUACAGAUUGGAGGAAUCCAAUUAUGAAUUAUCUCAAGGACCCUUCGAUAGAUACAGAAAGAAAAACCAAGUACAGGGCUUUAUCUUAUGUUUUGAUGGGGAAUGAAUUAUUCAAGAAAACCCCUGAAGGGAUCCUGUUGAAAUGUUUAGGAGAAAACGAGGCGUACUUAGCAUUAACAAGAAAACCCCUGAAGGACAUAAAACAUGUUCCUAGAAUAAAAAACCAAGAAGCUAAUGACUUAGCACAAAUAACUUCAGGGUAUAGAAUUUCAAAAGAGAAGCUAGAGGAACUUGUCGAAGUAAGAGGAAAAGCAAUGGCUGCCAGAUUGUCUCCGACGGAUUUGGAAAGCACUCAGUUAGGAUAUGCUAACAAAGAAGAGUUUGAAGUACUGACCAUUGAUAACUUAAUGGAUACAGAUUGGAGGAAUCCAAUUAUGAAUUAUCUUAAGGACCCUUCGAUAGAUACAGAAAGAAAAACCAAGUACAGGGCUUUAUCUUAUGUUUUGAUGGGGAAUGAAUUAUUCAAGAAAACCCCUGAAGGGAUCCUGUUGAAAUGUUUAGGAGAAAACGAGGCGUACUUAACAUUAACAAGAAAACCCCUGAAGGGUUAG